GAUGGUGUGCGCCUUCCCUGUUUCCACACUGAUGACCGAGACUGGAAGACGCGUCGGCAGCCUACACACCCUGGCCACAGCAACCUGGCCUAUGGCAUCUUGGACACCCCUCCGUGGUAUCUCUGCAUCUUAUUUGGGAUCCAGCAUUUCCUCACAGCCCUGGGAGGGCUCGUGGCGAUACCACUCAUCCUGGCCAAGGACUUGUGCCUGCAGCACGACCCCCUGACCCAGAGCUACCUCAUCAGCACCAUCUUCUUUGUCUCUGGCAUCUGCACCCUCCUGCAAGUUCUCCUAGGAGUCAGGCUGCCCAUUCUCCAGGGAGGCACAUUUGCAUUUCUGGCACCCUCUUCAGCCAUGCUGUCCCUUCCCGCCUGGAAGUGCCCUGAAUGGACACUCAACGCCAGCCUGGUGAACACCAGCUCUCCUGAAUUCGUUGAGGAAUGGCAGAAGAGGAUCCGAGAGCUGCAGGGUGCCAUCAUGGUCGCCUCCUGUGUCCAGAUGCUGGUGGGCUUCUCGGGCCUCAUCGGCUUUCUCCUGCGCUUCAUCGGCCCCCUGACCAUCGCCCCGACCAUCUCCCUGGUGGCCCUGCCCCUCUUUGACUCUGCAGGCAGCGACGCCGGGACCCACUGGGGCAUUUCUGCCUUGACCAGUUUCCUCGUUGUGUUGUUUUCCCAGUACCUGAGAAACGUGGCUGUGCCGGUGCCUGUCUACGGAAAGAAGUGUCACACCUCCAAGUUCUACUUGUUUCAGGUCUUCCCUGUGCUGCUGGCCCUGUGCCUCUGCUGGCUACUCUGCUUCCUGCUCACAGCCACCGACAGCCUCCCCUCGGCUCCCACUGCCUACGGCUACCUGGCUCGCACCGACACCAAGGGCAGCGUCCUGACUGAAGCCCCGUGGUUUCGCUUCCCUUACCCAGGACAGUGGGGUCUCCCCACCAUCAGCCUGGCGGGGGUCUUCGGGAUCAUCGCAGGAGUGAUCUCCUCCAUGGUGGAGUCGGUGGGCGAUUACUAUGCCUGUGCCCGGCUGGUGGGUGCCCCACCACCCCCGAAGCAUGCCAUCAACCGUGGCAUUGGCAUAGAGGGCCUCGGCUGCCUGCUGGCAGGGGCCUGGGGCACGGCAAACGGCACCACCUCCUACAGCGAGAACAUCGGGGCGCUGGGCAUCACCAGGGUGGGGAGCAGGACGGUGAUGGUCGUCGCAGGCUGCGUGCUGCUCGUGUUGGGGGUCUUCGGGAAGAUCGGCGCUGCGUUUGCCACCAUCCCCCAGCCUGUGAUCGGAGGCAUGUUCCUGGUCAUGUUCGGCAUCAUCACCGCCGUGGGCAUCUCCAGUCUGCAGUACGCCGACAUGAACUCUCAACGAAACCUCUGCGUCUUUGGCUUCUCCAUCUUCUGCGGGCUCGCAGUUCCCAACUGGGUGAACCGGAGCCCCGAGAUGCUCCAGACAGGCCUCCCCGAGCUGGACCAGGUCAUCCAGGUGCUGCUGACCACCGGCAUGUUUGUGGGCGGCUUCCUGGGCUUCCUCCUGGACAACACUAUCCCGGGAAGCCGGGAGGAGCGUGGCCUCCUGGCCUGGAGUCAGAUGCAGGAGGUGCCUGAGGAUACUGCGACUGCCGCCGAGGUCUACGGGCUGCCCUGGGGCGUCGGCACCCAGCGCUGCGCGUCCUCCUGCGCGCUGGGCCUCCCGUGCUGGCCAGGGCGGGAAGGCGGCGGCAGAGGCGGGCUCGGACCCUGCUCCACUGUGCCAGCCGACACCCGGCUGUGAGCAGCGGGUCCCGUGCGCUCUCCAGCCACCAGCCGGACCCCGGACCAGCCGCUCCACCCUGGCUCCGCGCACCGCCCAGCAGGACACGGACCCGCUGCUCCGCCCUG